AUGGAUAUCAUCCCAGCGAUCGCGUCCCCGUCGCUGACCACAUCGGCUCGCUCACGACCACGGCAUACUCCUCACCGCAUCCACCGAAUCACCUGCCCUUACCCCCGAUGUCCCCAAACAUUCUUGUCUCACAAGGGCCGGACAUAUCAUAUACGGAGUGUUCAUGCAGUCGAAGAAGCUUAUGCAGCACCAGCACCAGCUGCAGACCCCGUUGGAGGCCAAGCAGAGCUAGAGGCUCAAGGAGACAACCUAUUGGACGGCGAUGACCUUCAUCUGGAAGUCGAGCCUGCAUACGAUGACGAGGAGUUCCCGGAGCUAGAUGUUCCCCGUGUAAUUGCUCCUCAAGUGGACCCUCGACCUCGAGGAAUGAAGAACUAUCAUCCGCGGCUAACUGGGAGGCCCUGUGACGCGAAUGGAGUUCUGCUUGCUCCUGGUACACCACCAUUGCCUCGUACGACCAAAUCCAACAACGACUGGUCUCCCUACGAAAACAAGACACAGUUCUUACUCGCCGACUUCCUAUACCGGAAAGCACAAAUGUCAGCGCGUAACGUUGACGAACUGAUGGAGAUCUGGGAUGAGUAUAUGUCUCCCUUUGAAUCAUUUUCGCCGUAUACAUCUGCUAGAGAUCUCCUCGAAACAAUUGAUCUAACAACACUUGGCGAUGCUCCAUGGCAUGCCCUAAAUAUCACCUUCAGUGGCGAGGCCGGCCCUACAUCGCCAAGCUGGAUGUCGGAUGCUUAUGAGGUCUGGUACCGAGAUCCCCUGAUUGUCGCACAGAAUAUCCUCGACAAUCCCGAUUUCGCCAGUGAAUUUGAUUACGCAGCUUACGUGGAGCUUGGAACGGAUGGAAAACGUCGAUGGUCGGAUUUUAUGUCUGGUAAUCUUGCGUGGCGGCACUCGGAUUCAAUCUAUGCCGAUGAUCCAACAACACAGGAUGCCAUGUACUGCCCCAUCAUACUCGGAAGCGACAAGACUACUGUCUCCGUCGCGACUGGUCAACUAGAGUACUGGCCCGUGUAUUUUUCCAUCGGGAAUAUACACAACAAUGUUCGGCGUGCACACCGGAAUGGUGUUGUCCCUAUUGCGUUCUUGGCAAUACCAAAAUCUACUCGAAGAUAUGACAAUGAUGAGGCGUUCCGUGCUUUCAAGCACCGGGUAUACCAUGCGUCUCUCGAUGCAAUCUUCCAAGCCAUCCACCAAGAGAUGACUUCACCGGUCGUCCUUCGAUGUCCUGAUGGGCAUUUUCGUCGAGUCAUCUUUGGACUGGGCGCCUACAUUGCUGAUUACCCUGAACAAGUUACCCUCUCUGGCGUCGUUUCUGACUGGUGUCCAAAAUGCACAGCUUAUCGCGACGAUCUCGAUGGCCCUGCCGUUUCACGCACUCAAUCUCUCUAUGAGGAUCUUGUCGACCUUCUUGGGACUGCCGAGUUACGCACAGAGUAUGGGAUCAAUGCAGCAGUCGAGCCCUUUACCCUUGAUCUUCCCCGAGCAGACAUCUAUGAAAUGAUUUCACCAGAUGUCUUGCACCAGCUCAUCAAAGGCACCUUCAAGGACCACCUGGUAGAUUGGGUUGGUGAGUACCUGGCUCUAGAGCAUGGGAGUGAGGCGAGAGCUGGAGUAUACUUGGACGAGAUCGACCGACGGAUUGCGGCAACUCCUCCCUUUGCUGGCCUUCGACACUUCCACGAUGGCCGCCGGUUCAAGCAAUGGACAGGUGACGACUCAAAAGGCUUGAUGAAGGUGUAUCUGCCUGCGCUUGUCGGUCUGGUCGACGAUGAUAUUGUGCGAACAAUCACAGCCUUUCUAGAUUUCAUUUACAUUGCACGACGCCAGGAUCUCGAUGAAAUAUCCCUCAAAGACCUAGAUAGAGCACUCGUGAACUUUCAUCGAUUUCGUGAGGUCUUUCGCACUUCCGGUGUUCGACCGACUGGGUUCAAUCUACCUCGACAGCACUCUCUCGUCCAUUACCAUCAUCACAUCGUUGAUUUUGGCGCUCCCAACGGCCUUUGCUCCUCGAUCACGGAAUCACGCCACAUCACCGCCGUCAAGAAACCGUGGCGUCGCUCAAAUCGAAAUAAUGCGCUUGGCCAAAUGCUUGUUACCAAUCAGCGGCUUGACAAGCUUGCGGCCUCGUACAAUGACUUUGUUGAACGAGGUAUGCUUCCUCGAACUCAUUAUCCCAGCCUUCCAGAAGGGAGUACUCUUGGCGGAGAUGCAGGUGACGACUUUGAAGGUGGCCCUGUGAACGACGAGCGUGUUUCUGGUCAUGUUACUAUGGCUCGAACUCCAGCUCGUGGUUAUCCCUCUGAUCUCAGUACUCUCGCUAUUCAUAUUGGCGAGCCAACACUUCCUGAACUCACACGCAGGUUCCUAUAUGAUCAACUACUCGCCCCCGACCUCGCCGCCCAGGGCUUUUCAUCUGAUGAUGUAGAUUCCGUUGAUGAUCUCCCCUUGAUCUUCAGCUCAAUCUCAGUCUUUCACUCAGCAGUUGCCACGUUUUACGCUCCAAGUGACGAGAGCGGUAUUCACGGCAUGCGACGAGAGAGAAUUCGGUCGACACGCUCCUGGAGAAAGGGCCCUGCACGUCGUGAUUGUGCAUUCGUCGUUCAAGAUCAGGAAGAGAAGGGGAUGAAAGGUUUGGAUGUUGUGCGCAUACUCCUUCUUUUCUCCUUUCGGCAUGAUGGAGUGCUUUAUCCAUGCGCACUUGUACACUGGUACAAGAAAGUUGGGAGGUCUCCCGACUCGGUGAGUGGAAUGUGGAAAGUGAAGCCUGACGAGGAUUGUCAUGGCCGUGUGCUUACCGUGGUUCACCUUGACUCUCUGUUUCGUGCAGCACAUCUGAUCCCUGUGUAUGGGAAGGAUUUCAGAGUUCCCUCUAGAUGGAAGCAUACUGACUCGCUUGAUGCCUUUGCUACCUUUUAUGUUAAUAAGUUCGUUGACCACCAUGCUCAUGAGAUUGCUUUUUGA